AUGAAUGCCAUCACACACGAAGUCGAAAACCUAGUCAGCUCUAAACACUUGAAGCUUGGUGCCGUCUUUGCCAUGCAGAUCUUCUUGGAUGCCCACCGCAUUCUCAAACGAAGAUCGCAGAUGGCUCUUGCCCAGCGGACUGCGAAAACGACAGAAUCACUCAGGAUGUUGAAGACCCCUGAGAAACGGAUAUUACGCCACAACAACGCACGGAGCAACUGGGGCGCAGCCCAAGCCCGUAUCCUUCAGUGGGCAAUGAAUGGCAUAAAGGACAUACUUGACGACCCCUUGAUCAAGCUAAAGAUGAAAGCGAUCAGGGCGAAGAAACCCAUCGGACUCAUGGUCGAGAUAAGGAACGAGUCUGUCAUGCCCAGGAACUAUGUUGAAGAGUGCGGUAUGACUAAGACUUCCCGUUGCACGCCCAAUACAUGA